AUGGCGCUUCAUGGCAUCCUGGAUGCCAUUUUGGCGGUUGCAACUCUAACUCUAAGGGCCAUAGCCAUACUGUUUACCAGAUUUCAUCCUCUUGGAAGGCGGUAUUUGGACCGUAUCUACGGAAGUGCAGCGUUAUACUUAUCCUGCCUCUUUGUCAAAGCUAUUCUGCCACCAAAGUCCACUGUGUCGUCGAAGAGGCGCCGUCACGCUUUGAUACUGCUACUUUUUGGUUGGACUGAACGAGCUUCGCCGAUUGCAAGCUUCAUUGCCGUUCUUCUAAACUUCCUGUCACUAGUCUCGGUGUGGGAUUUCCUCUACAGAGGACAUUUGCUUCAUCAAAGCAACGAUCUGUCGUUCUCCCGAGUCGGAUAUGUCGAUGAAACCACGGCAAGGAUCGUCGCACGCCACAGCAGCUCUUCUACCACUUACGUUGAGAUCUCAUGGAACCCUUUUGGAUCUCAGAAAGCCCAGGCGAAAUCGCAGAUAAUCCCUCUCGAUGCCUCAAGCGACUAUGUGGGAACAUUUCUGCUUGAUGGCCUGGAUCCAGGCACGCAGUAUACCUACACCACCAACGCCAGCCACUCAGGCACUUUCAAAACCGCGGAAGCAUCACCAAAGCGUUGGAGUCUCAUCUCAACUAGCUGCAUCAAGCCGUUUUAUCCAUACAACCCUCUGAGCCAUGGUCUGCAGAUCAGGGGCUUAGAGCAUCUUGAUCAGUACCUCUCGGCAAACCCAGUCGACAUGAUGCUUUUCCUCGGUGACUUUAUCUACAUCGACCUGCCGGUAGCUCUUGGUUGGACGCCUAAGCAUUACAUCAAUGCAUACCGGCAAGUAUAUGCCUCACCAAGCUGGUCACCGGCACUGCGUUCUUUGCCAUGGCUGCACGUCUAUGACGACCACGAAAUCAUCAACGAUUGGGCUGCAAACGAGACGGGCCUGUACCAGUCUGCAAUGAAACCAUUUUGGGCUUACCACGGACAUGCCAACCCUCCUUCCCAAUAUGGUGCGGGAGCUACAUACUACACAUUUCGCCGAGGGGACAUUUCAUUUUUCGUCCUGGACACGCGACGCUAUCGGUCUUCCGAAUCCUUGGAAGACGGCCCCAAAAAGACUAUGCUUGGCAGCGCCCAGCUUGCCGACCUACAAAAGUGGCUUGAGACUGAGAAGUCUUGGAAGGUAGUCGUGAGCAGUGUGCCCUUUACCCGGAACUGGAGGGGUCCAGAUGCGGCCGACAGCUGGUCUGGAUACCUGUGGGAACGAGACGUUGCCUUGGAUAUGAUGAGACAGACGGACGGAGUUAUUAUCCUUAGCGGGGACCGCCAUGAACAUGCGACAACAAUCUUUCCGCCCAAUGGCAAGGCCGGAAAGUCAGUCAUCGAAUUUUCCACAUCUCCCUUGAAUCAGUUCUUUGAGCCAUUCGACAGGUUUCACAGGCAGAUCGAGGAUACAGACGUCUCUGUCUAUUCUCAUCCAUGGGGAAAUUCGAAGUUUGGAAAAAUCUCUUUCGAUACUGCAACGCCUAAUCAUUUGAGCGUGGAAUACGAUCUCAUUGUUGAUGGCAACAAGGUCUGGAAUUACCUUUGGGAGUACGAGAGGUAG